CCGCUGGCGCCGGGAACUCUGUGCAGCCGCCGCCGCAGGUCCAUGCGCCGAGCGUCCGAGGACCGAGGCUGAGCAGAUUAAGGCCUCUCUGCCCAGCCUGGAACGAUGGGGAGGAAAAAAAUCCAGAUCUCGCGCAUCCUGGACCAGAGGAACAGACAGGUGACGUUCACCAAGCGGAAGUUCGGGCUGAUGAAGAAGGCAUACGAGCUGAGCGUGUUGUGCGACUGCGAGAUCGCGCUCAUCAUCUUCAACACCGCCAACCGCCUCUUCCAGUACGCCAGCACCGACAUGGACCGCGUGCUGCUCAAGUACACGGAGUACAGCGAGCCCCACGAGAGCCGCACCAACACCGACAUCCUCGAGACACUGAAGCGGAGGGGUGUGGGCCUUGAGGGGCCAGAACUGGAGCCAGAUGAGGGGCCUGAGGGACCCGGAGAGAAGCUACGGCGGCUGGCAGGGGAAGGAGGUGACCCAGCCUUGCCCCGACCCCGGCUCUAUCCUGCAGCUCCCGCUAUGCCAACCCCGGAUAUAGUGUACGGGGCCCUGCCUCCGCCAGGCUGCGACCCCAAUGGGCUUGGGGAGGCCCUGCCCGCCCAGAGCCGCCCAUCUCCCUUCCGACCGGCAGCCCCCAAAGCUGGACCCCCAGGCCUGGUGCACCCUCUCUUCUCACCAAGUCACCUUGCCAGCAAGACACCACCCCCGCUGUACCUGGCCGCAGACGGGCGGAGGCCGGACCUGCCCGGUGGCCUGGCGGGGACUCGAGGGGGACUGAGCGCCUCUAGAAGCCUCUACGGGAGCCUGCAGAGUCCCUGCUCCGCUGCAGCCCCGGGACCCCCGCUGGGGAGCUUCCCCUUCCUCCCUGCAGGACCCCCAGAAUAUAGCCUGGGAGACCCCCCACCGCCCCCUGGCUUGCUGCAGACCCCUACCCUGGCCCCCUGGCAGCCCUCCGCGCCCGCCCAGCCCAGUGGGGGCCGCAGUGUGGGUGAGGAGUGUCCCCCCACCAGCGGCGCCUCCCCGCCACCCCCCCAAGUCAGCAUCAAGUCCGAGCGCCUCUCGCCGGGCCCCGGGGGCCCCGGAGAUUUCCCCAAGACCUUUCCUUACCCCCUGCUCCUUGCCCGGCCCCUGGCAGAACCCCUGCGGCCCGGGCCCUCCCUGCGCAGGCUGCCCUCAGCCCAUGGCUGGUCCCGGUAGGGGGCGCCGCGCUGGGCGAGGGGCGCCGGGAAUCCAGGUGUGGGUGGGGGGCCUGGAGGAGGCGGCUGGAUUCGGAUCCAUUAUGGGGGUUCUCCU